CAUCUGCGAAACGUAUGGUGUAACGCUCACGCAAGCGAGAGCAGAACGCUGAAGCUGUUGUCCUGUCUGUCGCCGGCCGCUGUGUGAGGAGCGAGUCGGCUGCUAUUUUUUAUUUUCUUCUUCCCUUCGUCGAAGCACCGUGCCGUUGUGUGAAUCGUUUACGUCGCCAAGGCAGUUCCUACACGUCUAGAACUCCCCCCCCCCUCCCUUAUCAAAAUGUCGGCGCAGGCCCAAAUGCGCGCCUUGCUCGACCAGCUCAUGGGGACCUCUAGGGAUGCUUUGUUACAGGGGAAGAAAAUGUAUUUGAGUUUAUCCUGGAUGCAGAACAUCUGGUAGUGCAAAGCAUAAAGAAGCAACAUAGGUUCAAUGUAUCUAUGCCUGCCUACUUCAAUCCUCAAGGGAGUAUCAGAAAGGCCCCGCAUUCGCCGAGCCGUGAUUCUACGCGGCAGCGAAUCAAGUUCAAUGACGAAAGAGUAUGCAAAAGCCACCUGCUCAACUGCUGUCCUCAUGACAUCCUCUCAGGAACGAGGAUGGAUCUGGGAGAAUGUCUUAAAGUUCACGAUCUGGCCUUAAGAGCGGAUUAUGAAAUUGCAUCCAAGCAGCAGGACUUUUUCUUUGAGCUUGAUGCUAUGGAUCAUUUACAGUCAUUCAUUGCAGAUUGUGACAGAAGGACAGAGAUUGCCAAGAAGAGACUGGCAGAUACGCAAGAGGAAAUAAGUGCAGAAGUUGCUGCUAAGGCAGAGCGAGUGCACGAACUCAAUGAAGAAAUUGGGAAACUUCUGGCCAAAGCUGAGCAACUGGGAGCUGAAGGAAAUGUGGAAGAGUCACAAAAAGUCAUGGAUGAAGUUGAAAAGACCAGAGUCAGGAAAAGAGAAGCUGAGGAAAUCUACCGUAAUUCCAUGCCUGCAUCCAGUUUUCAACAGCAAAAGCUACGUGUCUGUGAAGUCUGCUCUGCCUACUUGGGUCUUCAUGACAAUGACAGAAGAUUGGCUGAUCACUUUGGUGGAAAGUUGCAUUUGGGAUUCAUUGAAAUACGUGAGAAAUUAGAUGAGUUGAAGAGAUUAGUAGCAGAGAAACAGGAGAAGAGGAACCAAGAUAGACUGAAACGUAGAGAGGAGAGGGACAGGGAGGAGAGGGAAAAGCUCAAAAGAAGAUCUAGAUCCAGAGAAAGGCGCAGACACCGCUCUCGUUCCUCAUCUAGGGACCGCAAAAGAAGAACUCGGUCUAAAUCCCGUGAAAGGCGUCACCGGCACCGUUCUAGAUCAGGUAGUCGCAGCAGAAGCCACAGCCAUCACCACAGCCGUGAUAGGAGCAGAGAUCGUAGCUCCAGGACAAAGUAAGCCAGCACUUUUUGUGCCUGCUUGUUGAAUGGAAGCCUGUGAAUCAUACGUCUUAAAAGGAUACUUUUAUGGUAUAUAAAAUUGUGGCCUAGAAGCUGAAUUUACCAUCUGCUUUUCAUUGAAGCAGUUCAGUGAUCUAAAUCUAAUGCUAGGUCCAGAUAAUAAACAAUUUAAUCCAAUUAAAGUUGAACUUAAUCACAACAGUUGUCUCUUAUGGUGGCAGCCAAACAAUUUAUUAGCUUAAUGCUUUUUUUCCCCUUGUUAGAUACAAAUUAAAAUUGUGUAGUCCAGGUGCAUGAGCUGCUGAAGUUACUUCUGUGCCUUGCAGUAUCUUCACUUCCUUCUGUGGAAUUGGAUGGGAGAACAUUAGCUACUGCGUUCUAAUUCAGCUCUGAGUUUCUUUAAACUGAGAACCAACUGAAUAUAAAGUGGCUGUUUUACCGAGAUUGCAGGUCUGCUUUGUAUGCUUACCAUGCUUUUGCUUCAUACCAUGACAGCUUUACUUUUGAUUCUUUAGAUCGACAUUCAUUACUAUCAGUUGCUGGAACUUUUUAAUAAGUUGCAAAGUAAUACGGUAAGGUAGCAGUUAGCAUAAUGGCUCUGUCAGCCAAAGUAGUAUUUCGGAAAAAAGGAUGGAUAAGUAAUUGGAUAAACAAAAUCCAGGGAUUGAUAUUUCUACUUUGUAUUUAGCUUAUUAAUGGGGGAAAUUGAGCAGUGGUCUAGUCUGGUUAUAAUAUAUCUGUAUGAAUAUUGAGAACUUUUCAUUUGUUUUGUUAAGCAAAAUCACAACUACAUUAACGACAAAUGUUGUUUUGUUUUUGAAUUGUGCCAUUUUUCCAAAAUUCUCUGUAAAGGCUCUUAUGAAAAUAAAGACAUUUUGUGUGUGUGUCGUGUGUACCUA